AUGGCCACUCAGACCCAUUCACUCCAUUCUCUAUUCACUUCCGUCCCACUCACCUAUAAAAGCUCACGUUCAUCAAUCCCACUCUUGAAGUUGAAACCAAACACUCUGAUUAUCGCCGGAAAAUCUGACCCACGAAUCUCUAGCCGCAAGCUACGCGCCGUCGUCAGCGGGGGCCCAGCCGGAUCCUCCGCGGCUGAAACCCUUGCCGCGGCAGGGAUCGAGACCUUCCUCUUCGAGCGCAGCCCCAACAGCGCCAAGCCCUGCGGCGGCGCCAUACCUCUCUGUAUGCUCGACGAGUUCUCCAUCCCGCCGGAGCUCAUUGACCGGAAAGUGACCCAGAUGAAGAUCAUCUCCCCCUCCAAUCUCACCGUCGAUUUCGGCAAAACCCUAAAGCCCCACGAGUUCAUCUCCAUGCUCCGCCGUGAAGUACUAGAUUCCUACCUCCGCUCUCGCGCCGAAUCCAACUGCGCAAGCAUCAUCAAAGCCCUCGUCGUGAAUACGAAGGAGCAGCAAGCCAAGGUGGCAGAGUACCAAGUAUAUGGGAUACUUUCACACACAGAUACCCUGACAUGUUUUUAUGGUGCAAUGACAACAGGUAAGAUAAAAGAUGGUACUAAUGGAAACGAGGCAGCUGAUUCUUACCAUCAGUACAAGGAGGAUGUGAAGAUCAUGACGAAAAUUGGUCUAGAUGCUUGUCGAUUCUCAAUCUCAUGGUUUAGAGUAUUGCCAACUGGAAGGCUACCUGGAGGUGUGAACAAGGAAGGAAUCGACUACUAUAAUAAUCUCAUAGAUGAGCUCCUAGCUAAUGAUAUAAAGCCCUAUGUCACCAUAUUUCACUGGGAUCUUCCUCAAGCCUUAGAAGAUGAGUAUGGUGGCUUCUUAAGUGGUCGAAUUAUGUAA